GGAUCUCUGGAAAGGUACUGCUUUACUAAUUUGAAAACGGAUGGAUAUAUGAGGUUCUCUUAUGGUAUAAGUUUUGAAAACUCAAGAAGGUUCACAUUUACCUUUGUUUCAGCUGAAACGGAUGUUGUACAUGAGUAUUGUGUUGCGGUUUGCGUGUAGAAUGCGGAAACAAAGAUAGACAAGAUAAUUGCGUUAAUAUUGUUGUCACAACGGAAAUAAUCCACCCCUAAGCUGUAACACUCAACGAAGCGGGCGCUCGUGUUCGUAAUUCAGUGUCUGAGUUUACCAUCCAACGAUGUUUUUGCAAGGAAAUCCCUGCGUCAUGCACGUUCCAGAUCUCCCUGGGAGGAAGCAAGAAGAACAAUUCAUGGUUUCAGGUGGGAUUAUGAUGUGUAUUUAGCCGAAGAUAGAGUCUUUAUGUUACUUCGCCAUUUUCCGCCAUUUAAGCGGAAUUUAGCAAUUUUCAGUCCAAUUUGGCAUUUCAUUUGUAAACUACGUCUGGAUCACUGUCUUUUCAUGCUCUGACAAGGAGAACAAGAAAUGAGAACUUGCGCAUAAGAGAUCAAAACGUUAAGCAACAUAAAAAAGCUUCGUUUAAUUGGGUCUGACCAUCAGUUCGAUCGAUCAAUUACUGAUUCGGCUUCACGGGUUUCAUAAGCUGUGUCCUGUCAAGUCUAAACAUAAAAUCUAUUAUUUCUUCCUAAUAAUACAAGUACUAAUAAUUGAGAAACUAAUCAACUGACUUAGUAAUAUGCCAUUAUUUGACAAGGCACAAUUUAGAACGGCGGCAGGGCCAAAUUUACAAAACAUAUUAAGUAAACGGCAUGCAAGCUCGUUGCGUAGCUCAAGAGAAGCUCGCUUAGCAGACUCUCCCUUCUUCUACAAUUAAACGUUAAAACACAAGCUAUUAUUUAAGUUAUCCUCUUUUGUAUGGAAAUCCGUGCGCUUUUGAAAUUAUUUACUUAUUUAAUUUCUUCUUUAUUAUAAAUGAAUUAAUGUAUGUUUUUAUGUAUUUAGUUAUUCAUUUCGUAAAUUGUUGUUGCACAAAGUUGUAAAUAUGGAUCGGCCGGUUAGGCUGUCUAUGUUAUCAAAAAUAGUUAGCCUUUUUUUUAAGUUGAGUUAACGUAUUCCAAGUCGAAGAUUAUCAAUAAAAGCUUUCCCGGGCGAGCGUGACUGCGUUGUCAUGGUAAGAGCAUCGCAGUAUCAUUCAAACCUAAUACGUCAUCAGCAGCUCAACGCAGCAGCUACUGACUUUUUCGAACCCUAUUCAAACAAAUAAUUCAGCAACUUGCAGAGGUUUUGGGUGUUUUGGGCCAGUCGCGGUUUACCUCUUGAUCUCGUAUAUGUUGACAUAUCUGAUUGAAAUUCUUUGCACCUUGCAUUUCGUCAAGCUCGACUAGAUAUAUAUAGAGGAAGAAGUAUGUUGACUCUACAAAGUAAGUUCGAACAGAAAAGUGAUAAAACAGACACGGUUUUCAAUUAUAGGUAUUGAAGAUCUGUUACAUGUUAACCGCCCAUUGGUGCCAUUAAUUGAGGAACAAAACAGUAUGCCACACCCAAGCGAUAAGGCAGCUAUUUUCCUGCCCAGAUAAAAAUUCAAAUAAAAUAAAUGCAUUUUGAAGCACAUGGACAUUACAACAAUGGUUUUUGGCACACAUUAAUUGAAUCUUUUAAUGCACAGACAAACGUUUGUGAAGAGGUAUGAAUAUCUAUUGUCACGGUGCAUAGGGAGAAUGUCUAGCGUGCUCAUGCAGCUAAAUAAAAAUACAAAUCUUGACGUCAUGUUUAAUUGAUCACACACUUUUUGAGAUCAAGAAUAGCUAUGGAUGGCCCAAGGUUCUUGCUAAUUUGUUAAACAAGUCAUAGUCAAGAACAUUACAGAAUGUAAAUUUAAACUGUUUCGAGUCUGAAGACUUCCGUCUCAUUCGACACGUCAAAAAGUGCAUGACUUUUAUUUCUCUGAGCAGAAAAGGAAGUUCAUUGUUCAUGGUCAGCGCAAACGCCCGUUUUAAGCUAGGAUCACGAUCUGAAGAACUUAAAGUAGCCUGCGUAGCAGGCGCUCGGAAGUAGUGGGCGAAAGAGAGAACGGGCGAGCGCGACGCAGGCUAAAGAACUGGGAACAAUCUGUAUUUAAAAAGUUGGACUUUGUCCCAGUUUUCAUCGUGACACGUGUAAUUUGCCUUCAAAUUACGCUUUCUCACGUGAUACCACUCAGUGAACAAAAUGUGAUUGACAAUCUUCACGAAUAAUCUUUGCUUCGUGAGCCAUUCGCUCCACUGUUGAUUUUUGUCAAAGAAAUGCAUUGACGACAUCGCUCCGUUAUUUCCUUGAAGAAAAUGCCUAACUAUUUCUAUUGAUCAUUGAUAAGAAAUCUUAUAUUUCUUGUAUAACCGUAGGGGCCAAAAAUGUCGCGCAGUUGAGUCUUGUGCCAUUUGUAUGAAAUCGAUCCUAUACUAUUUGAUAUGAGGUUCGGUCAUGUCUUGCCUUUGUGCUGUAAUCAUUUCAAAUGACUGAAAACAGCAUUUAGUCUCUUCUGAUAUUAAGGUUCUUAAUAUUCAAUCGUUGCUUAAUUGAUCAGAUGAUUACUUUUGAAAAUAAAAAAUGAAAAAAAAAUUAACAGCUUCUAAUCAUAAAAAGGUUAAAACGUUAAAAGUUAAAUAAAAGCAGUGAUUACAAGAGAUUUUUCUAUUCUUACUUUAAUUGAAUUGGAAAAAUUAGCGUGUUAAUAAAUUUGCCGGCUUGUGAGGUUGUCUCGAAAAGAACAAAAGGCUUUAGAGGAAUUUGUUUGCUAUCCCGGAAUAGUUUUAGCCUUGUCUCUUGGGUGUCAAUUAACGGCAAGGACACGCAAGGAAAUUCAGUGGAAUGAACUCGUCAUCUAUGCCUCCUGCUUUAAAAAAACAAACAAACAAAAUGUAACUAGAAAAACUCUUUUCUUUUGAGAUAGACCAAGGAGUCCAGUACAAGCAAGAUUGAUUUAAGGGCGAUACGUUUAAUCCAACAGGCUUAAGGCAACGGAUGUAAACCGCAACCGAGGAUUAAAUGACAUGACAUAUGUAUUGACAAUGUCAUGCGUUAAUGUAGAGGGGGUUAUUAACUAAAGAGGUAAUCGAUACGGGAAACAGCAUUCCUGGAGAUUUUAAAAGGUCGUGCCGGCGUAGCUUUUUUGUCUUUUUAUUUCAGGUGACAACCAGUUUCAAUUUUUUUUCGUCCCUUUCUCAGGUGACUCAUCCUGGUGACCGGUGAGAUCAAUUCGCGAACAAUCCAUACGGCGAAAUUCGACUAGCUAAAAAUGAGGGAAACACCUAUGCAAAGUGCAGAUAAAUGCUUGUUGCCACUCCGACGAAAGAUAUCACCUGCUACAAUUUUGAACCUUGAAAAUCACACCACAGAAAACAGCGAGGGAAAUGGGGAAAUCAAGGAAGUUGUGGGCAAAAGAGAACGCUUGUUUUCCGCGUCUUCGAGAAGCGUCUCCAGCGUUUCCAGCUCGAAAUACAACUCAAGUCUGGCCCCUCCAUUCACACCACCGGUCAACAACUGUGAAACACAAGGAAAUGUUGCCCAUGGUUUUCACUGGAGACGACCUUCAGAACAUUUCCUUGAGGUUUUAGAGGCAGAAAACAAAGUGGACAAGACGCAACUUAAAACGUCACCAUCACAUUCGUUACCACCAUUACGGAAGACAAGUCAACGCGAGGAUUUACCUAAAGCUUUGCUAGGAGAAACUAAAAUUGCAUUUGAGGGAAGUGUUUGUAAAGGAGGAUAUUUUCGCCCGGCUGAAUCGUCGGACGGUCAAUUACUUCUUCUGUCUGGGUCGAAAAAAGAAUUUAUAACUCCAGUCUCCACUAACGGAAAGAUUCUUCGGAAAACGAACUCUCUGCCUUUGAUAAGAACAUGUUCUGCCCUAACAAACGGAUUAACUGAACUCAACAUUACGUGUCCUCGAUACCGCACAAAAUCUGCAAUAUUUAGGCGGGAAACUACUACCAAUGAGACUGAACACACUGAAAACUCUUGUAAAGCCUUCGACGAAAAUUUAGAAGACACAAACGAUGAGACUUUUGAUGAUGACUUAGUUGAGCAGGACACCGAGAAAUUCAGCAUGAUUUGUCACUGGUUGAAAGAGUGUGAGAAAGCUAAAGUUACAUAACAGACUUCAGGAAAUAUUUUAUACUGUAAAUAUGAGUGUUUGUGUACCUUCCUCGCAUUGCAUGUCCUGUGCCGUGUACACACGUGAUAUGCCGAAAUCACCACCGGCCAUUUUCGGUAUGUUUAGAAUCUUCCAAACACGCAAGCUUACGGUAAAAAGUAGACUCCUGAUGGUUUUUCUCAUUAACUUGACUUAAAAUACCUCUUUUGAACCUAUUUCACGGCUUAUGAUCCAAGAUAUGUUUUGUAACUUGUCAUAGGACACAUCAAAAGAUGUGAGAAAAGGUAUGCAAAAAAAGGGCCUAUUCACCCAGCAGGUUUAUUUUCUCAUUUAGUAGACUACAGCCUCGGAUUUCUAACGAAUGCAUCGAAGUAAUACUGUCGACUAUCAACGUCUAUUUUUAUUUGGAAGUUAACUUGUGUGUGGUAUGACUGUCCAAUGGUUGGACUUCAUUGAUGCGUCUUGCAUACCGCAGUUUAGAUCCGCCAGCUAUAAUAUCUAUAGCUGUAUUUUGCGUACGUUUCUCGGCAAUCGAUGUCCAUUAAUUAAGAUUAAUUUUAUUGACAUAUUUAUUGACUUUAUUUUGUAAUUAUAUUUAGGUAGGUGUUAUGGAGAAGAUGAAACAUAUAACAUCAUGCUCUAGUUUCCUUGUCCGUUCAAAAUCUCACUAAAUACACGAUUUACGCAUAGUUCGACUUCUUCACUGUUAUCGUACACUAACUUCUUGUUCUGACCAUUUCGUUAUUUAAUUCAUUUCAUUUCAUUUCAUUAUUUUCGUUAAUACAAAAACAUACAACACUUGUACAUACGGAAACGGCGGGUACUAGCGGUCAAUUUUUGCUAUUUACUCCGCGGUACAAGUAUUCAUUUGUUUUGGUUUCGCCGUUAAGGAACUAUCUUUCCGACCUCAAUCUUUUUACGCGAUGGCCGUCUUUGGGUGGUUUUAAAAUAUUUGCUUUACAUUUACACUCUAAAGGAAAAGAGGAGCAGAUUUCGAUGAGUUCAUUUCCAAACAAUGUUAACAUCUAUUGAGUGUGUGUGUGCGUGCCUGUUUAUUUUUUUCUGAUUAAAGUGUGGCUGAUAAGAGUGUCAUCCUAUUAAGAGAUAACGUACAGAAUGUUGUAACUUUUUUCAUUCGCUUGGCUGAAUAAAACAAAUCAACCAUAACUGAUCAAACCAGCUGUGUAACUUGAUAUGAAAAUAUGCGAUUCGCAAUUUUGUGAGUGAAGCCGGAGUAUACUUGUUGGGCCGUGAAAGUUGUAGUCCAAGUUUCGAAAGGCCCACGAUUUUCACUCAAAUCCCGUAACUCCAAGUCCAGUUAUGGCUACGAUCUGUUGAUCAGCAGGUAAUGUAAGGACUUUUUACAAGCGUUGGCUUAGCAGUAAAGUCAAGUGUGAACAGUGUCUUUGA